CCCUCUGUGAAUCAGUGCGCAUGCGUGGAAUAUUCGGUCACUGGUGGUGUGGCUAACAGCUAAGCUCCAGCCAACAUGGAGAGGAAAGUUUUGGCUCUUCAGGCGAGGAAAAAGCGUGGUAAAGCCAAGAAGCCCUGCAAAAAGCAGCCGGCAAAUCCCAGAAGUCGUCAGCAGCCCCAACAAGAAGCCUCGCAUCAGGAACCUGAAGAACCUGAGGAGAUCCUCGGCUCUGAUGAUGAAGAGCAGGAAGAUCCCAAUGACUACUGCAAAGGGGGCUACCAUCAUGUAAAAGUAGGCGACCUGUACAAUGGAAAAUAUCAUGUCAUCCGGAAACUGGGCUGGGGCCACUUCUCCACAGUGUGGCUUGCUCGGGACAUCCAGAUGAAGAGGUUUGUUGCGAUGAAGGUGGUAAAGAGCGCAGAGCACUACACAGAAACAGCUGUAGACGAGAUCAAACUUCUGAAAUCUGUGAGAAACUCAGACCCUAACGAUCCUAAAAGGGAGAUGGUGGUCCAGAUGUUGGAUGACUUCAAGAUCUCUGGUGUUAAUGGAACUCACGUCUGCAUGGUAUUUGAGGUUUUGGGGCAUCACUUAUUAAAGUGGAUCAUUAAAUCCAAUUACCAGGGUUUGCCCCUUCCUUGUGUAAAAAGCAUCAUCAGACAGGUUCUUCAAGGCCUCGACUACUUGCACACAAAGUGUGAGAUCAUCCACACAGACAUAAAGCCAGAGAAUAUCCUAAUGAGUGUUGAUGAGCCUUAUGUUCGGAAGCUGGCAGCAGAAGCUACAGAAUGGCAGCGGUCAGGAGCGCCACCCCCCUCCGGCUCUGCAAUUAGCACUGCUCCUGCUCCAAAACAGACGGUCAAAAUGUCAAAAAACAAGAAGAAAAAGUUAAAAAAGAAGCAAAAGCGACAGGCCGCAUUGCUAGAAAAGUGCAUCAUGGACCUGGAGGAGAUGGAGAAGACCACAGAGCCACGUGAGGAAGAUGAGGAUGCUGAUGAAGAGCCGCUGUCUCCAAAGGGUCGGGCUUGUGCUCCUCUCAGACAGAUGUCCAUGCAGGACGUGGGGAACGAAGAAACGGCGGAGAGCAGUGUGAAUGCAGAUGGGUUGUCCGUGUUGAACUGUAAUGGCCAUGUGGAGGUGGAGCAAAGGCCACCAAGUUGGAGGGAGGAGGACCAACAUAAUGGCAACACUGGUCCCUCAGAGCAGUGUGCCGUUGUGGAUAAAAAACACCAGGGAUUUCCUGUCCGCUCUGUCUGCAAUGGUUUGUAUCCUGCUGACCUCAAGGAGCGAGACACUGACAUUGAAGGUGCUCACUGCAGUGGGGUAACAAGAGCAAGACACUUUUCAGCUGAGCUGCAGGAAGGAGAGCUAAAACUGAACAUUUGUCAGGAGGAGAGAGAGGAUGUGCCUGACUGUCAAUAUACAAGCGAGGAAAGUCUGCAAAACGGCAAGUUAACGGCAGGAUCCCUGCUAGUUAACCCCCUUGAGCCAAUCAACGCAAACAAGAUCAAGGUCAAGAUUGCAGACCUGGGAAAUGCCUGCUGGGUGCACAAGCACUUUACUGAAGACAUCCAGACACGGCAGUACCGGUCGUUAGAGGUACUCAUCGGUGCUGGUUACAGCACACCAGCGGAUAUCUGGAGCACAGCCUGCAUGGCCUUUGAGCUUGCCACAGGAGACUACUUGUUCGAACCACAUUCUGGCGAAGAUUAUUCCAGGGAUGAAGACCACCUUGCUCUCAUGAUUGAGUUGCUUGGUAAAAUUCCUCGCCACUAUGCUCUGAGUGGGAAAUACUCACAGGAAUACUUCACAAAGAGAGGGGACCUGAAACACAUCACCAAGCUGAAGCCGUGGGGGCUGCUGGAGGUACUGGUGGACAAGUACGAAUGGCCCCGUGAAGAAGCAGAGUGCUUCACCGACUUCCUACUUCCCAUGUUGGAGCUGAUCCCUGAGAAGAGAGCCACGGCUGCAGAUUGCCUGCGCCACCCCUGGCUGGCCCUCUAGUGGAGACCUCCAGUAAUUGCACCUUUCUUACCUUCCUCUCUUUCUCUCCAGAGACUGCAACAGAUCACUUUCCAGUUUGGGCAUAUCAUAUGAAUAUUUAUUUCUUUUUGUUUUGUUUUAUGUUCUCGUUUUGGAGCUAAUGCGUCUGUAUGUUUGCUUUGUAUUUGUUGGUUCUUUUCUCAGUGCGAUGGUGAUGUUACUUGGUUGGCUUCUACUGCUAUGCUCCAUGCGCCCACACAACUGAGCAGACCUGGUAUUGUACUGCCAGUGACUCAUCCUUGUUUGUUACACUCCUGCACUAAUACCCCAAACUCAAGGAUAUGUAGCCAUGUCCCCACAAAAAGGACCCCUUCAUACAGUUUCAUUAGUGCUGUUUUUUUUUCUUUUAAAACAUUCUUUUAUCUUCUAUUAAACAUGUAUGAUACACAUUUUGUAUUUGUAAAGAAAGCUUAGGAAAUUGCACAUGGGGCUGACCUUUACACUGAUUAUGGUAACGUUCAAACAGCAUUUCUCCCGACAGUCGUGUGUAGUGAGGCAUUGGAGUUUGCUGAUGCACAAACCGUCAUUCAUCAAAUGUCAUGUUGUGCAAUAGUUAAAUAGUAGUACGAAUAAUAAUAGAUGCAAUUUGCAAAACCCUUUCAAUCAAUAUUCCAUUGAAAACUGUGCAAAUACGGUAAUUCACAAAUGGAACUUUAUUUUAGUCUUUUUUCGUCUGCAUAGCAGUCUUCUCUGUAGAUGAGCUGAAUUGACCAGUAGCGUUGAUAUUGUGUUUGUACUGUAUUCAACUGAAUGUGUACUCAGAAAGGAUUUGCCAAUUGACAUUUUUCCACUGCUUCCAAACCUGCAAGAUUCAAUAAAAGUGAAAUAAUGGAGAUCUGACCGGUAUUAGUCUUAUAAAAAAAAACAAAAAAACCAUCAGGAAUUGAGUGAUUUAACACAACAAAAUAAGAACAUUGAAAAGGAAAAAAAGUGACAACUGUAUAUAUUUGUACCAAAGAGUUUGCCUUUAUAUAUAUUACAGUUAUGUACAGUUUUUAACAAAUCAUAUAGCUAAAGUGAUUUAGCUGGGUAGCUGUGUUUUAAUAAAUGGAUGGAAGAUGUUUGUGCUUGGUUGUAUGUGUGGCCAACUCAUCAAUAAUACCACCUUUUAUUGUGAGCGUGGAAGUCCAUUCUGUUAGGAACUGGUCAUGUCAACGUAAUCCAAAAGUACAUAGAGUUGUGUGAGUGAAACUGUACAACACAUUGUAGAAUAAAAUAGAUGUUGCCUACAGAACACGCCACUGUGUCCAGUUUGCUUCUCUGAACUGUUAAGUUUUUAGUGUCAAAUAUCGGCAGUGUGACACUUCCAUUCUGCUUAAUGAAAACCUAACUAUAGUUUUGUUUAGUUUAAUAACAGGGUCCACUAGAAUGCUCUGUAAGGCAUAUUUGAAGGUCUUCAGCAUGCAUCCAAGUCCUGCUGCUUGAGGCCUGCUCGCUUUAGGGGUUUUCUGUGAAAUGAAAAGAUAUUUUUAUUAGAAAUAUGACAGGGCCUUUUUUUAUGAUUUAGUGUUAAAUGAAUGUACAGGAUCUCACAUAAAGUAUACCUUUAAGGGACAAUACAUUCAUGAAGUGAAAUGUGGAUAUACUUUAGAGUAGGGUGUGCAGGUACAGCCUCUACAGUUUAGCAGUAUAGAUUUACUAUCCACUGAGAAAACAUAACCGUUAUUAUCUAAAUAGCUGGCAACAAGUGAGUACCAAAAAGUGGUGUUUGUGGCGGUUGAAGCAUCAUGGUCUGGGGAUGCAUGAAUGUUACUGGCAUUGGGUGUCUGUGCAUGGUUCACUGAGGUAAACUUGAAUUCCAAAAUGUACUGCAACACUGGAAAGUGUUUUGUGAGCUGCUGUACAUAAACCAUAACCAUGGCGGUGGUUGAAACUUGUGCCUCUGGGUUUGAAUGUGUCAGCUUGGACUUCUGUGUGGAGGGAGUUGUGUGUUUUCCCUGUUCUCUCCCCUCUCCAUAAGUACUAAUUUGCCCCCACAAUCCAAAAAGGUGUGUAGAGUCUUCAUUGCAGGCUCUACAUUAGCUGUAGAUUUAUCCUUUGUCUCUAUGUGGCAUCCCUGUGAUUGACAGAAGAGCUGGGGGAGGCUUGAGCCUCCCCGGGACCCAGGAUAGGUGAAGAAAAUAGGUGGAAAUGCUUCAUGUCUGUUUCAUUCUGUAAAUGUGAACUAACACGGAUUCUUUUACACUUAUCCUUUCAAUCCAGUACAGAGGAGCAAUAUGUCCCCUUCUUAAGUUAAAAUGACUCCUACCUGCCCCCUCCAACUCAAAGUCUUCUGGCAGCAGUUUGUCCUGCCGGUUACCAAGAGUGAAGGACAGAAAGGCUAAGAGUAGUGCAUCCAAGAUGCUGAUGAUGGCCAAGAUGUAGGCCCAGCGCACCGUGCAGUCCCCCAGGCUGUACUUAUCAGUCUUCUGGCCACACAUCUCCUUCACCUCCGGGGCGUCCCAGCCAUCCGGGUAGAUCAAACAGCCCAUCACCAUCAAAACAGCUGCGGGGGAAGAGGAAGGGAAAAAAAGAGAAGGCAUUGUGUUGCAGUAAUUACCCCAUGUGAACACUAACGUUGAUAAAUGUUUAUAAGGAACGAACUUUUGAGCCCCAGCUGCAGAAUAAGACAUAAAACACCCCCAUUAAGGGCUGAAAGUUGUAUUUAUGGUGCAGAAGAGGAAUCUCACCGGUGCUGUUUGCAUGAUGUACUGUUAUGGAAGUCAUUUAAUGUUAAAUAACCCUCAUUUAAUGAGAGGUUCAUGCCAGGU